AUGUCUUCAACUACUGUUUGUCAUCAAGAGCUUCAACUCUGUGUCGAGUCGCUUGUUAAGCUCCAACUGGUUCCGGCAAAACCGACUGAAGUAGUCACCAUUCCCGAAACUCAGGAGGUCGGAGAAACCAGUGACAAAACUAGCUGGAGCUUCCUCCAGGCCUUCACCACUGUGAUUCAGAACCCUAAAACAGAGACCGAAACUGAAGAGGUCUAUGUCCACCCGCUUGACAAGCGCUCGGCUUUGGUGCUCAGUCCCAGAAGCCUGGAAAUGUGCACUGAAAACUUGGGCAGCGAGACGGGAUGCGAUGAGAGCAGUGAUGACAUGUCUUUUCCUUUGCUUCAAAGCAGCGACAUUCCUGUCCUCUCACUUGAAGCUGAGAAAACGCCAACAUUCUCUGCUUCAGAAGAGAGUAUCGUGGAAACCCCAAGGUUGAGUGAGACUGAUCCUUCACCAAAGAGAUUGGUUCGUCGUGUUAAUGGCAGGAAUAACUUUCCUCCACCUUUGACAUCCCUCAGUGACUCCAAUGGCGUUCAAUUAUUGCCUCGCCGAGAAAGCGGUAGGCUUGUUCUGAAAGCCGUGCAUGUCACUUCUCCUGGACACUACUUUGAAGCAGAGCGCGGCGACGGGCGGCUCAGGCUUCGCUUGUUGAUGGAUAUGCCUCUGAACUCUGAGGAGGUUGAAGAAGAUGAUGAUGAAGAAGAAGAUGAGGCUGUUAAAGAAGAUAAAGUGGUUGAAGAGAUGAUGGAAGUUGAGACUAAAACAUGUCGGGAGGAAGAGGAAGAGGCAAUGGGAGUGGAAGCGGAGGACAGAAGUGGUGUCCCUUGCGAGACAGAGGAGGAGGAAAUGGAAGAAAAUGCUGAAAUGGAGGAGAAGCUCCGUAGCCGGUGCAAGGAAUACCGGCGUGGUAACGACAAAGUGUUCAUGAAUUGGCCACCGGAGUCGUUUAAGGUCGCUACCUAA